UUAAGCGAUGUUGUUAACCUCUGCCGUCAUCUCGCUUCGCAGGAUUGUGCACGACCCGCUUUACAGCACUAAAGCAAUUUUCCGGAAAACUGCUUUUAGGGCAAUGUCUGGCCUAGGCUUACAGGAAGUUGUAAGUAAGCUUGAGGAGUUCGCUCCUCUGAAGCUGGCCGGUAGCUGGGACAAUGUAGGUUUAUUGAUUGAGCCUUCCGCCCCAAAGUCAGUAGAAAAUGUGUUCCUUACAAACGAUUUGACGGAGAAAGUCCUGGAGGAAGCAAUCGGGCAGAAAGCUGAUCUGGUCAUUUCGUACCACCCUCCAAUAUUUGCAUCAUUGAAGCGAAUUACACAGAAGACGUGGAAGGAACGAUUAGUUGCCACUUGCCUUGAAAAACGUAUUGCACUUUACUCUCCACAUACAUCGUGGGACAGCAUUCGAGGUGGCAUAUGCGAUUGGCUUUGUGACUCACUGCCUCAUGCAUCAACCACCCCAAUAACGCCCGACGUUGAAAAUGAAGAGAACGGUUUAGGUCGUUUCUUGACAAUUCAUGGCAAUCUAACCCUGGCCGAUGCUAUUAAGCGGAUAAAGGAGCACACCGGCAUAAAAAAUGUACAUGUUGCCAUCGGGGUUGACAGCAAUUUAGAGACGAAUAUAAAAACAGUAGCAGUCUGUGCUGGCUCCGGUGCCUCUGUAUUGAAGCCAGCGGCGGCUGACUUGUUCCUUACAGGGGAAAUGUCUCACCAUGAAGUCCUGGACUGUACACAGCGAAAUAUUUCAGUGAUUUUGUGCAAUCAUAGUAACUCGGAACGAGGAUAUUUGAAAGUGUUCAAAAGUAAACUUGAAAGUUCUUUAAGUAACAAAGUCAAAGUCUCGGUUUCCACCGUGGAUGCUGACCCUCUGGAAACCUACUAAUUUUCUACUUUUUUGGAAUAAAAAA